CGAGCACCCAUCUUCAUGCAGCACAGAAAAUGAGGAGUUUUAGCAGCCUGUGUUUAGUGUUUUUAGCUAUAAUGGUUACCACAGCCGCUGCCCAGCAAUGUGGGCGGCAAGCUGGCGGCAAAACUUGUGCCAACAAUCUUUGUUGUAGCCAAUAUGGUUACUGUGGAUCAACUGAUGCAUAUUGUUCACCUGCCCAAAGUUGUCAAAGUAAUUGUAAGUCUAGUGGCAGCGGUGGUGGCGGCAGCAGUGGUGGUGGUGGUGAAAGUGCUUCUAAUGUGAGAGCUACUUACCAUUUCUACAACCCUCAGCAGAAUGGAUGGGAUUUGAUGGCUGUAAGUGCUUAUUGCUCAACAUGGGAUGCCAACAAACCAUUGGCAUGGCGCCAAAAAUAUGGAUGGACUGCUUUUUGUGGACCGGCUGGGCCUCGUGGACAAGCCUCUUGUGGCAAGUGCUUAAGGGUGACGAAUAGUGGAACAGGGGCACAAGCCACAGUGAGAAUCGUUGAUCAGUGCAGCAAUGGAGGAUUAGAUUUGGAUGCAGCCGUGUUUAAACAAUUAGACACAGAUGGAAGAGGAAAUGCACAGGGUCAUCUUAUUGUCAACUACCAGUUUGUGAAUUGUGGAGACUGAAAGCUUCAGUCUCCAUGGGUGGUGGGCCAGAAUGGUUGCAUGCUUAAAAAAUAAGUGCUUCUUGAAUAGCUAAAAUUGCUUACUUGUAUUUCUAUAGAUUCCAGGUAAAAUCAACUAAAUAAAUUGGUUCAAGUCAUACAUGGGAUGAAAUGGAUCUUUCUCUCUUUUUUCAAUCAAUCAUACUCUUGCAUGCAAUUGGCAAACAAAGACAGAAACAAGAUUUUGUCUCCAGAGAAAAUGGCUGAUGAUGAACAAACAGAUAAUUAAUGUUCUGGGCCUUUGGGAGAAAGCUGAGAAUGUCUUUUUUCUGUUUUGGACAAGAGAUUGUUUUAGCUAAUA